AUGUUAGAGAGCAACGCCGGAGUUUUAAGUGGACAUGACAUGGAGGACAAGUCUUCCUGUAUGAUGGCAUCAAACUCGCACAUGAUGCAGACUCCCGUCAACAUGUACGGAAAUAUUCCUCCCCACGGCAUCACCGAGGAAGAUCAAACUAACAGGAAUCUAAAGUCGGAUCACAGCGAUUCGGAAAUCCCGGAUAACGUUAACUCACCGGAGUCGGACAUAGACAAUUAUGACAUGAAAUUCUCCGGGACGACCACACUUUCCCAGCAGAAGAGAAGAUUUGCGGACGUCAAGCCGCCGUAUUCCUAUAUCGCACUCAUCACGAUGGCCAUUGAAAGUUCGUCGUCAGGAAUGAUGACAUUAAAUGAAGUUUAUUCCUUUAUCAUGAAUCGUUUUCCGUAUUUCAAAGACAACCAACAAAGAUGGCAGAAUUCUAUUCGACACAACCUUUCGCUAAAUGACUGUUUCGUGAAAAUACCCAGAGCUCCCGGACGACCAGGCAAAGGAAAUUACUGGGCUCUACACCCCGGUUGUGGGGAUAUGUUCGGCAAUGGAAGCUUUCUGAGAAGAGCGAAGAGGUUCAAGCUUCAGCGGGCAAAGCGAGAGGACCCAGCCCAUGUUCAGCAUGUGAAUUCAUACGGACAUUUCAGUUUGUACGGAUCCCCCUCCGGAUACAAGCCUUAUCCCUCAUUUAACUCUAUGGCGCUUUCUGCGUUUUCUCAGGGACUACCCCAACCCCAGCAGUACGGGUUACCGUCAAAACCGGAAUCUUGGAACACAUCAUCUCACGGUGGUUACUCUCCGUAUUACAACACGCCCGGGAUGAAUAUGAACUCUACUCUCGGAUCGUCUCUCGGUUCGUCCCUCAGUGGAUCUUAUUUACCCGGAUCUCAAGUUCCUCCCGUCCCAUCCUCCACCGGUUCCCUCCCUGGGUACUCUUCCCUACCCCCGCCAUCUACCUAUUGUGGGUCUCAGUACGCAGGUCUCCAAAGACUACAAACAGCCCAGUGA